AUGGACAUGGUGACAGAUGAGAACCACAUGGAGGAGAUGGAGAUGGAGACAGAGAAAAACCAAACUAUGGAUAAUGACUUUUCUGCCACUCUGUCAGAGGAGACGGACAGACAUCUGACAAUCAGUGAACGGCCUUCCAGCAGCUGCAGGAGAGUCAGAUUGAGAUCUAGACCCAAACUCCAGUCCACAAAAAGCUUCCCCCCUUACAGUCAGUGUAUAGGUGGACUUGGAGAGGACGGGGAGCAGGACAAUGAGCUCGAUUCAGAAUCAAGCGAAGUGAAUAGGGAAGACAGGAGUGAGGUCAUUCAAGGCACGGAAAAGAAACAGGACAUUGAAUUGAUCCCAAGAUGUGCAAGGGAUGAAGUGAAGUUAAAAUGGAGGCUGAGGAGGAGGGAGAGGUUAGGUGGGAGCCAUGAGGUUGAUACAGACGGAUGGGAGAGGGUGAGGUGGAGCGGGAAAAGAAGGGUAGAGGAGACUGUAAGAGAGGCGUGGGAAUAUGAAGAGGGGGGCAUGAGCAGUGAGUUGAAACACAGGAGAAAUAGAGACUCCAGUUUGGACAAAGAAAGAAAAGAAGAGGAGGAUACAGAGAGGAAGAGAGUUUUGGCAACAAAGGAAGAAGACGAGGAGAACAAGGUGACCCCAGAGGGGAUGGAUGAAGAGGCCGAGGAGCUGAGAGGCGGCUCCGCAACACAUCAGUGGUCCUCCCCACAUCCAAUUCUCUCCAAGCUUUUGCACUCCUCCACCUCCUCCUCCAGCUCCUCCAUCAACCUCUCCUCAGCAGAGAGCGAUGAGGUCUUCAGCGAAGGAGAGGAUGUUGGCUCAAAGAGGAGGGCGUUCAGGAAGAGCCGUUCCUGGAAAACCUACCUGACCAUGAUGCACUGGUCGCUGCGGCGGCAGAGCUCCUGGGUCCAGCUGGCUGGACAUCAAGGUAACUUCCAGCUGAGUGAGGGAGGGGAGGUGUUGAAACUGUAUAGUGAGGUGGAGGCAAAGUGCCUUGAGUUAUUGAUGAGCGACCCGCUGAGACCCUUUGUCCCGCAGUAUCAUGGCUUGGUCACCAGGGGGGAGCACUGCUACAUCCGCCUGGAGGACCUGCUGAGCGGCCUGAGGAGACCUGUCAUCAUGGACUGCAAGAUGGGAGUCAGGACAUACCAGGAGGACGAACUGAUCAAAGCUCGCACUAAUGCCACCCUGAGGAGUGACAUGUACCAGAAGAUGGUGAAAGUAGACCCGUCAGCUCCGUCAGCAGAGGAGCAUGCACAGAGAGGGGUGACCAAGUUUCGAUACCUUCAGUGGAGGGACACAACCAGUUCUACAUCCACGCUGGGCCUCAGGAUAGAGGGCAUCAUGAUGGAGGACGGCAGUGUCCAACGGGACCUCAGGAAAAUUCUGACUCCAGAUCAGGUCACAAAUGCAAUGCUCUACUUCACCAAGAGUCAGCUGGACAUCCUGUUGCUGCCCUGUGGCAAAACAGAGACUUCCUGUUAUUUUUUUAUUUUUUUUUUAUUUCCACUCUCCUCAGUGGAUUACAUUAAUCUUUCAACCUGUAAAGUGUGCUAUUUAUGUCUGCUAAACCACAACUCCACCCAUCUGUGGUUUCAGAAAGCCUACCACACCAGACUCCUGGCCCUGAGAGAUGCUCUGAAGAACUCACCAUUUUUCAAAACCCAUGAGGUGAUUGGCAGCUCGCUUCUCUUUGUGCACGACCACAGCAGUAAGGCCUGCGUGUGGAUGAUAGACUUUGGGAAGACGACCCCGGUGCCUGACAGGACCGAGCUCCAACACGAUGUCCCGUGGUUCGAGGGGAACAGAGAGGACGGCUACCUCAUCGGUCUGAGGUCUCUGAUCAACUCUCUGGGCGAGGCCAUCAGUGGGGCCUGUGGGCUUCGGGAGGACAGCUGUGGAGAACAAGAGAGUGGUACAUGAAGUACACCGAGGGUUGUGGUGGAGACACUCGAACACUCAUAUUCAGAAUCAGGUGGACAAAAUGGCCGCUGUUACU